AUGGAAAAGGCCCGCAGUCAAGGCUCGCUCGUGCGGAGGAACUCGGAACAGUCCGUCGGAAGUGCCGAUUCGUUCUCGGUCUCCGGGGACGGCUGCCGGCUGGGCUUCGAUCCUGCGUUCGGCGAUCUAGCCCCCGGACGAUCGAUGAAAAUCACGGUAACCUGCGAGGCAGGAAGGCUACCCGAGAGAUUCAGGACCGCCGCCAGAGCUCUGUUCCAGAGCCGCGACGGCCGGGGCGUCUCCUUCGGAAGCGAGUACGUCGCCGUCCGAGCAGAGAUCCAGGAGCCGACGGUGUACAUCAGCACGGCCGCGGUUAAGUUGGAGACGGCAUACCUAGGGGUGCCUCUAACUCGCCGGGUGAAGAUGGUGAACCUCAGCAAUUUGGAGGUGCGGGAGGUGGAGCUGCGCUACACCGCGAGACAAUCUGGACCGGUCGAAGAGGUGUACGCGUGCCGAGUCUUCGGCAUGGCCGUCCCGCUCGGCUUCGCCAUCUCCGCCAAGAACAGAGGCCCUACCCUGAGCUUCGGGCUGGUGGAGGCCGGCGGGCGCCCUCCGAAACCGCUCCAGCGGCCGCAUCUCCCGCAGUAUGUGGGGGAGGAGCCUCUGCCGGAGGCGGAACCCGCGCCCUCCCUGGAGUUCGGGAAGGUUGACCUCCGGGGACGGAAGACCCUGACGGUGUUCGUGCGGAACCUGUCGGCGAUCUCGACCCCGUUCUCCGUAAAGGUCCGCAAGUACAGCUGCACGCCCUGCCCGCCGAGGCUCAAGAUCUCCAACAUGAGCUACUCGGCGCUGCAGAGGGUGGUCUCCAACCCGAGAGCCCUCGAAGCGUACGUGGACGACGAUGCCGCCGCCGCCGCCGCCGACGACGACGACGACGAGCCGGACGGAGAAGAGGGUAGGAACACUCCAGGAACAACAGCAGUAGCAGCAGACAAUGCAGGAAUGAGGGGUACUGCAGUGGGAAAUAUCACCGUUGAAGACGGGGGGCUGAACUCGUUCUCCUUUUAG